UACGUGCAGGGGAGUCCACGUGUUUCGGCGCUUGCGGGGCUCGGCUCUGGCCGGCCAUGGAGGAGGCAGCGGCCGUGCCGCAGAAGCGUUUCUACCGGCAGCGUGCGCACUCUAACCCGCUGGCGGAUCACACCUUACUCUAUCCUGCCAAGCCUGAAGAAAUGGACUGGUCUGUACUGUACCCAGAGUUUUUUGCUCCUUUAGCCAAUGAUAGUUGGCACGAUGAUCCAAAGGAUGUGGAAGAAAGAGCCGAACCUGGACGUCAAGUGGAGUUUGCUGAUAUUGGCUGUGGUUAUGGAGGAUUGCUCGUAGCCCUGGGCCCCCUGUUCCCAGACACGCUAAUGCUGGGCCUGGAGCUCCGCGUGAAGGUCUCGGAUUAUGUUUGUGACCGAAUCCAGUCGCUCAGAGCCUCUCACCCUGGGCAGUUCCAGAAUAUUGCCUGCGUUCGCAGCAAUGCUAUGAAGCACCUGCCCAACUUCUUCUGCAAGGGACAGCUCCUCAAAAUGUUCUUCCUCUUCCCUGAUCCUCAUUUCAAGAAGACAAAACACAAGUGGCGGAUUAUCAGCUCCACUCUGCUGGCAGAAUAUGCCUACGUUUUGCGCGAGCAGGCCCUGGUAUAUACCAUCACAGAUGUGGAAGAGGUGCACACGUGGAUGGUAAAGCAUUUUCAAGAACAUCCCCUUUUCGAGGAAGUGCCAUUAAAAGAAUUGGCUGCUGACCCCAUUGUAAACCUCCUAGGAACUUCAACUGAGGAAGGGAAGAAGGUUCAGAGGAAUGGAGGCAAGGUCUUCCCAGCUGUCUUCCGUCGCAUCAGGGACAGAGCACAGGAACAGGAAGUGGAAAGAACAUGACUGGGAAUUUCCUAAGCCCUUGCAGGCAUUCGUAUCUGCAGUGAGGAGACUAUUUGGAGAAAGUGUGGGAUUGGAUGCUUCUGGCUGCACUGGAGUUGACCUUUCAUAAAUGGAGGUGGAGAAUCCUGUCUGGUGAAACAUUUUACUGUUGCACAAGGGCUUUCUUGGUUCACAUGUUUGCUUCUGAAUUUUGCCCAUAGAAGGACCGAGUACAUUCUACUGACCUUUCUGAUGAUAAUAUAAAGGUCAGAAGUACACAGCAGGACCAAGAGUUAAGGAAGGAGGCACGGCUCUUCUAAGCCAUAGAUUCGUUUGUCACUUUAUUUUUUUUAUAAUAAAUUUGGAAGGUUUCAUUAAAAUAAAUGAAUUGGGGCAUCCAGCUGCCCUUGGUUUGACAGCAUGAGUAAGGCCCUCUGGGACUUAGUCCGUACUGGUAUUUCUUGUCAUCCUCUUUUGUCUCCCCCAGAUCUCACUUUCAGACCCAUUUCUUGUACCUCCAGUGACUGGCAUAUGCUACAGGGCAAGUGCGAGGUUGCUCUUCCUCCAGAUCUUUGCCAAUUCUAAAAUCCUUUCGGGUGGGUGGGGAAUUGCUACAGCGAGAAGUUGCCAGCCUGCUUCCCUCAUCAUGUAAUGUGGAAAAAAAAUGUGACAGGCCAGUGCAAUCGGUAGAGAGGCUGAGGUCCAGAUGGCUGAGAUGGAGAAAUGCCUUCUGCCCAAACCCAUCUGUUAGGAUACUUUGGUCUCACAUGAUUCAUCCCUUCAGUAGCUUCAGUUGCAGGAGAAACUGCAUACGUUGCACAUCCCCAUUUCUGUAUGAAAGUCGGGCUCCUCGCUUAGUCAUUAAAUGCUCCUCUCUCUCACAGUAAAAUGCACAUGAGGUAGCAGAAACUCCUGUCCUUAGAAAGCAGCAGAUACACAAUGACUUGGCCAUCAUUUCCAUGAUGACUGUAGAGCAAGUCCUCUGCUGAGGUGGUUACCUCUGAAGUGAAAAAACACUUGUUCUAGAUAAUGGUAAUCUACGAAAAAUGACUAGCCGUUCUGCUUCCCAGUCUGUUGACUCACUUCUGUGUCCUGCCUACAUGCAAUGUUGGUUCCCUUUCAUCAGUCUUCCCACAGCCAAGUUUUUAGUCCAUUGCAACGGAGAUGGGGUGUGUCUGUAUCAUUUUCUUUCCCUUUUUUUGCCUUUUGAAUAUUUUGGUUCCCCUCCAGGAGGGAAAAAACGCAUGAAACCAUAGAACAUAAUUGCAACGGAAGGGUAAAAUUUAAGAACAGAAACCCCCAAUAGAUCAAGAUCUAAAAGUCCACUGAAAGGGAUUGUUAAAUGUCAACAUUUAGAAAUAACUCACUGGGAAGGAGUUAGUUUAGCCCCAAACAAAACUCGGCCAUUCUAGGUCUGAAUCUAAGCCUACCUGGAUUAAUUAGCUAGUUAAAUUAACUCAGUUUGGGGAGUUUACAUGACACAUUUAUCUCUUCAUCCCACCAUG